AUGACUUGUCGGACGAACUUGAGUCUCCUUCUGUUCGUAAUAAGUGGGAUGGUCAGAUUCAGCUGGAUGAGGAGGACACAACGGAUGAUGACGAAGCAAAGAUCGAUGCUGUUCUUGGCCGAUGCUCGUGGUGUUUCCACUUCAAUGGAUGAAGACGGAGAAGUCCCACCUACGCAUACUCUAAGUCGUGGGAACAGCUGGUCUGGUUAUGCAGGCUCACCGACGCAACAACCAUCUAGAGAAGCUCCUAAUUAUGUUCCCACUCCCGUGACGAAGGAGGACACCGGAAACUUCCCAACGGUCACGAAAAUUCCAGAACGCUGUCGAUAUUGGCCAGCGUGCAGACAAGGGGAAAAUUGUUCCUAUACCCAUCCUACAAAGCAGUGCAUAAACUUCCCACACUGUUCGUUCGGCUCUCGUUGUCUGUAUAUUCAUCCGCCAUGUCGAUUUGAUCGGAAAUGUGUUAAUCCGAAUUGUCCAUAUACUCACGGUAAAAUCUCUGCUGCAGUGGCUCCGACCCCAGCUCCGGCACAGGUACCCCAGCCAGUCGCUCCAGCUGGACCUGUGGCAGCUCCAGAGCCGAAGGUUUUGCCUGAGUACGUUUUUAACUUCUGA